AUGAGUUCAGAAGCAGGCCCAACUAGCAUUCGUCCAAUUGAUGACAAGGGAAAGAGGAAACGGCCCGAGUCACCGUCUCAAGACCCGAUGUCUAAGAAGUCCAAGGAUAUGAAGAUCCCCCAGAGACAGUCAGCCAGGAUUGUCUCGCGGAAGGUAAGAUGCAGAGGAAAGUCACCGUGGCCUACUGGAGCGAGUUCGGCGAGUCAUUCUGAUCACACACUCGACGACCUUGGGAACUUCAAAAUGUUCCUACGUGACUCCCGUGACGAGGCAGAGCUAGCCGUGUAUGUUGGCCUUCAGAACAAACACGACCUCAGACAUUUUGCCUUGUCUUGGCCUGUCAUCAAGACCUGGAUUAGGGCACCACAUAAGCAGACUCACUCGCUGAAGGUUGAGAUAAACCAUCUCAUCCAGGAAGGCAAAGAAUUGCCCUGUAUCGAAGAUCCUUAUGAAAUUUGGCCGCAACGUUCCCGGGAGUCAGAAGAGCACGCCUCCUUGAGGCUAAAACAUAUCAUGGCAUGGCAUCUGGUGCAGAUGUCUAAGGACAUAGAGGAGUACAUCAGGUCCAGUGACCUAGAUAACUUCCACCGCACAAGGAGAUAUCGCGGGGAACUAAGCGCGAUGCUGGAGCUCGAUAUCCCGCUAGACAACAUUUCCCAUCCCCGUCCCCAGCUCAUAUCUUGGAGAAACGAGCUGAACGAUAGGUGUGAUCGCUGCUGGUCAAUCUUGGGAUACAUCUCAUGGAUUCCUUAUAUGAAGUCUUGGGAAAAGGCCCUGGGAUUCUUCGUCUCCUCAGAAAAUAAGGCGGUCACGUAUGGCAGCGGGAUGCCGACAGCGACAAGAGCAAGGCCAAACCACCUUAGACUAGCUCAGCAAUGCUCGUCUUCAUCUCCCGAGGGAAAAACCAAAGCCAUCCCCCUAAUUCAGGUAAAGGUAACCUGGGAUAGCGACGAAAACACACAUAGGAACGCGGAUCUGUGCCGCGUCCUCUCAUCUAUCGUGCAUGAGGGGAAAUUACUCCCUCCAGCAGAUCAGACGAUGACACAGGACCCUCGACUGUGCAGGACAGCUGCAUCAUUCCGGGACAUUAUUCGACAUAUGAUGUCCUGUGGUGGUUAUGGAUUAAAUUUGUAUGAUAUGAAGUUGUCGUAUCGAUCGGAGACAGAUAGUUGCUAUUAUCAGAUCGACGCGUUCCGAUCCCAGUGGAAGGUAUUGCACGGGGUAUUUUCAGACCCGGCUAACUCCAAUUUUGUGAUUCGGGUGCUUCUUGAUGUUCAUGAUUAUCGAAGUGGGGAGAUAUAUGAAACGACUGAACUACCACCGGCAUACUGA